CCCGUUACGUAAAGAAAUACGAACCGCAUUUCCUUAAGUAUAUUUUGUGAUAAAUGUGAAAUUUUUUAAUAAACCAAAACCCAAGCAUCAACAUGGACUCGAAUGACUUUAAGAGCUUAGUUCUGUGCUAUGGAAGACUGCGCUUCUAUAAUUCUAUGCAGAAAACGUCCUUGGACGGAUUGGCCAAGUUCCCAAUGCAAUCAGAGUUUAGAUUGUUCAAUGGGAUUGCCCUCGCUCUGGGUAAUCACAUGCAGGAGUGUAUUCGGGAGUUGAACCCGUUAAAAAACGACCCGGAAUUGGGCUUUGCGGCCACCAUGACCCUUAUUUACGCCCACAAACACUGUCGUCUAAUGGACACCGAUGCGAUUGACGCACUUGAGCAGCGAGUAGAGCACGGAGGUAAUAAUCUCAGCUCCGGCUCAUGCUAUUACACGGCUGUGUUUCUAUACUUAGUGGGGGAGCUCGAAGGGGCCUUAGACUAUAUUGGGAGAUCUAUGAAAAUAGACGGCAAUAGUGAUGCUGCGCUCGUCCUGAAAGCAUGGUGUGAGCUCUCGUCGAGUGCACAUCAGACUGGCAAUGGGAAAUGGCAGAGUACGCUGGAAGGUUGCAUUGCCCGCAGCAAUGGCAAGAACAUUGACGCAUCGUUGGCACUCGUGCGGUUUUUUCAACAGCGGCGGCAGUUCGAUGCGGCUCUGUCGGUGAUAAAUAAGCUCAGCAUGCGGUUUCCGGACAUAAGCAUUCCUCUUAUCGAGAAAAUGGAAACCCAGCUGACCGCACUCGACUGGGACAGCGCGCUAGAUACUGCCAACAGGAUCGUCAAUAUGGAGCCCUUCAACGUAGCAGCUCUGCGCACUAGGGGCAUGCUGAACAUCGUGCGCGAGAGCAACUUUAAGGCCGCGGCAGCUACACUGCAACAACUUUUAAUUUCCGUGGAGCGCAUUGAACCGAGUAAUCUUACCCUAGCUGUGGAAAUAUGCCAGCUUUUCUCUCGCAUAUGCUCGCGAGACAAAGAGCUGCUCAAGCUGACACUGCGCUGCAUUGAAAAGGUCAAUGAACUGAAUCCUGGCAACGUGAGCAUCCUAACAGAAAUGGGCUAUCAGAAACUACUGAUCGACAAUGUUCCCGAUGCGGAACUAGCAUUUCGCUCGGCAUGCAACGUCGACAGCACCAACUUCGAUGCGCUCUGCGGCCUAACUUUAUGCAAACUCAAAUAUCGCGGCGACUUGGAGAGCAGACAGCAGGUUCAACAGCAGUUGGCGUAUCUCAUGAAGCUCACGGACUAUAAGCCUGAACCCUUGGUUAUGUAUAUGUCUGCUUUGCUGGCCGAUUCGAAGGAGCAGGAAGCCUCGACGGUGCAGCUGCUGGUUGAAGCAGCGGAUAUACAUUUUAAGAAAUUUAAUGCAUUGCCCUAUGGUGUUGAAUAUGUGUGCUCCAUGAAUCCCGACUUUAUGCUGGAUAUAUGUGGGGAGCUAAUUCGACAUACUCCGGCUCCAAUAAAAGAAGUUUACUAUGACUUGGAUCUGGGCCCGGAAUCCUUACAUAUCACGCUGAAGCACAGCCUCAAUAUUCUGGACAUCGUACUCCACAUAUGUCCCGGACACCAAGGAGCUCUUUUUCUGCAAGCGAAAUUGGAGUUUCUUUCCGGGGAGCAUUCGAAAGCCAUAAGCCGCCUGCAGCACAUUCUGAAUUUAUUCGGAGACACUUUUACUGAAGCCCAUCUUCUAUUGGCCCAAGUACUCGUGGAAAAGAAGCAAUACUUUCAGGCUCUAGAGUACUUGGAAUUGGCUUUGGCACAGAAUUUCACAGUGCGCGAGCGGCCCAUGUAUCAUUUGUUAAAGGGCAUCAUACUUAAGCAUCAGCAGAAGCUAUCCGAGGCUCACCAGAGCUUUCAGCUUGCACUGAAAUUGGUGGGCGGGAUGUCGACUGUAGGCCAGAGGCAUGAUUACAUUGCGCCGACGGACAACAACACUAUAACCAGCUCUGACAAAAUGACGAUAUACAUUGAGCUAAUAUAUGUGCUGCGUGAAAUGGGCGAUGUCCAGGGUAUUUUUGAAAGCGAGCGCGUUCUGCAGUCUGCCAUUGAGGAAUUUAAUGGAACAACCGAGAUGGGACGUUUAGUCAUUGCCCAUUCACAGCUGAUGCUUGAGAAGUGCAAUGUUACCGAAGCUAUAAAUCUCUUGUCUACAAUCAAACCGGAUCAGUCCUAUUAUAUACAAGCAAAAACACAUUUAGCCAACAUUUACCUGAAGUAUCAGAAAAAUCGGAAUGCAUUCUCGCAAUGCUUUAAGGAAUUAGUUGAAGCUCGACCGGAACCUAGAAGUUAUUUAAUGUUAGGAGAGGCCUAUUUGUCCAUCCAAGAAUCGGAUAUGGCAAUCGAGGCAUACCGAAAGGCUUGCAGUAUUUGUCCGACUAAUGCCUUACUUGCUAGAAAACUGGGUAGAUCCUACGUCAAAACCCAUCAAUAUACAAAAGCUCUCAAAUACUAUCAUGAGGCAAUACAGAAUCCAGGAUAUUCUGUCCUCAAACUAGACUUGGCUGAGUUGUUUUUGCAACUAAAGCAAUUCCAGAACGCUGCAAAUAUAUUAAGCGAUAGUGACAAACAAAAUGCAAAUGAGGACAGUCUCGAAGAACUGCAGCUGCAAACCAAACAGCUGUUACUACUGGCUCGCAUCCAUGAGAAAUCUGGAAAUAUUCCUGAAUCGCUAAAAACCCUGCAACGUGCCCGAGACAAUCAAUAUCGCGUGCAUAAACUGUGCACCAUUGGCCAUGUUGAAAACCUUUACGAACAGUCUAAAAUUCUGUCAAAGAUAUGUAUUCUAAUUGCCCAACAGUCAAUUAAAAUCAAGAAUAGCGAGCUAGCAUUAUAUCAUUUUAAGGAGUGCGUUAAGUACACUCCUAACGAUCUUGAAAUUUUAGUCUCUCUGGCACAUCUUCAAAUGGAGUCUAAGGAAAUGGAUUUGUGUCGCAAUACUUGUCAGCAUAUACUUCAAAUUGAUGGCAAUAACGAGACUGCGUCAGUAUUAAUGGCAGAUUUAUCAUUCAGAAAGAUGGAAUUUAAGAAUGCAGCAUAUCAUUUUUCGCAGCUGCUAUUAUCUCAGCCUUGUAACUGGACAGCUUUGGCGCGACUAAUUGAGGUUAUGAGACGUUCUGGUACAUUGUCGGAGAGUCUGCCUUUCUUAGAACGUGCUGAACAGGUCUCAUUGCAGUCUAAAAAUUCAGCCGGAUAUGCAUAUUGCAAGGGAUUAUUCGAUUGGUACAAUGGUAAUUUAAACAGUGCCUUACGCUACUUCAAUCAGUCUCGUAGAGAUCAUAUCUGGGGUCAGCAAGCAAAGCUAAACAUGAUUGAAAUAUGCAUAAAUCCCGAUGGAGAGAUACCGAAUGCAAAUGAUCUUAUAGACGCGGGAGAUAGCGGUGAAUUUAGCGAGUCGCGUUUAAUCGCCUUGCGAACAGCCGAGCGUUUGCUUAAAGAAAUGCGUCCACGAGCUGGAGAUGUCUAUGAAAACACCUUGAAUCGUCGAAUUUAUUGGAAUUUUUUGCAAAUGGCGUCAAAGCAAAAGGUUCAAGUUGAACUAGCACUAAAGGACUUAACUGAGCUUAUGCAGAAAGAAGGCAAUCCUUUAAUGGUCACUGUAGUAUAUGCUAUAGCAUUGGCUCUAGUUCAACUGAAGCAAAUGCAGCGUGCAAAAAAUCAACUUAAACGUAUAGCUCGUCUCAGCUGGAACUAUGAGGAGGCCGAGUACUUAGAGCGAAGUUGGUUACUGUUGGCUGAUAUUUAUAUUCAUGCGAACAAAUUCGAUGUUGCAGAGACAUUUGUAGAGCGCGUCCUUGAGUACAACAAAUCAAGUACAAAAGCCUAUGAACUGGGCGGAUACAUUUCAGAAAAGCUACAGUCUUAUGGGGAUGCUGCUAAGCAAUACCAAAAAGCCUGGGAUAGCUGUGGUCACUCUAAGCCCCACAUUGGCUACAAAUUGGCAUUAAAUAAUAUGAAGAAAAAGCAGUAUGCUGACGCUGUUAAUAUUUGCCAGCAAGUCCUAAAAUUACAUCCAGACUACAAUAUUAUUCGCAAAGACAUUCUCGAAAAAUGUCGCAAUAACUUAAGAAAUUGAAUUCAUUCUUCUGACAGAAUUCAAUAUUAGUCGCUAAGAUAUAU